UCAGGUAGCAGACGUUUUGAUUGCUGUUUAUACAGCUACUGCACUGUACCGAUCAGAUCUUUGCAACAAUGCAAUGGCAGGAAUCUUGACAUUCUUCAGGCCUAUUCUGCGGUUUUUCAUUUACAGUGGCGUGAUCAUAUUUAUUUGUGAAUACCUGGUUUACUACAUUGUUAUGUUUCGGUGUUCAUGGCCUUAUACAAGCUUUCAGAACGACCAUAAUCAUAGUGGUCAAAUUGCCGACUCUGCAUGGGUUUUCAACGGGAAGCCAUUCGGUUCCUCUGCCAGAGCUCCGGGGUUGAUAAACAUUGAGACUCGAUCGUCGUUAGUUGAGCAGAGGCAAAAUGAUGAAGAUUCAACUUUGCGGGUUAUUUUCAUAGCAGAUACCCAUUUGUUAGGAAGUCGACUCGGUCAUUGGUUUGACAAGUUAAGAAGGGAAUGGCAGAUGGAGAGAGCUUUUCAGACAGCACUGACUUUGUUUGCUCCUGAAGCAGUUUUUGUUCUUGGUGAUUUGACUGAUGAGGGAAAAUGGGCCGACAAUAAGGAGUUUGAAGCUACAGUCAAACGUUUCAGGAAGAUGUUUCGCCAUUCACGAGGGGUUUAUUUCAAGGUUGUCGUUGGAAAUCAUGAUGUCGGAUUUCAUGGCUCCAUGAGUAAGAGCAAGUUGGAGAGAUUUUCUGAUGCUUUCAACUUGUCUGGUGUUGAAGUGGUCACUCUAAAAAACAAUAGUUUUGUGUUGGUGAACAGUAUGGCCUUCCAUGGCGAUGGUUGUACCCUCUGUUUGCCCGCUCAGACGAAGCUUCGAGGUGUUUCUGAGAGGCUUAACUGUUCCAGGUUUGGACACCAGGGUGGGGUCAAGCAGCGAGGGAAGGUCAAGUCGAGGUGCAGUCAUUACAGACCGUUACCUGCAACACCUCCCAUUCUCCUACAGCAUUUUCCCUUGUACCGUCCAAAUGAUGAGAUGUGCUCAGGUGUCGAUGGAACACCGCUCGAUGAGAAAUAUAUUCCUCAUGGACAGAGAAGAGAAGUUCUCUCUCAGGAAGCUACUUAUAAGUUAUUGUCAUGGAUCCGUCCUCGUCUUGUGCUUAGUGCUCACACUCAUCAUGGCUGCUACAUCGUUCAUCAGAAUGUUACUCCAGAAAUCUCAGUGCCUUCCUUCAGCUGGAGAAACAGAAAGAACCCAAGCCUUACUCUUGCUUCAAUAUCUCCUACUUCCAUCGCAAUCAACAAGUGCUUCCUCCCAGAAGAAUCUCUCAUCAUCACCCUUUAUGCUGCAUCUGGUGUUGUCAUGGUAACAUACUUUCUUUACUCUUUGGUCUGUAUCCUAUUCAAGCAUCGAUGGAGGAGACAUGUUAAAGUACUAUGAUGCUAUGUCAAAAUUAUUAAUCCAUGAAAAUGUCUUAAAUUUGAUGGUGCAAUAUGAAUAUAUUUCAGAUAUACUAUACUUUAUGACUUUGUACAAAUCAUAGAAUAUGUUGAGUUGAUAAUGACACAAUUUAUUCUCUCUACUCUUAUGAGGAAACUAUCAUGUCACUAAAAGUGAAUUCUACUUUUUGCAAGUCAAACCUUCUGGGAUUGUAAAAACAAGUUUGAUUUUAAGAAAUAUUGAUUGACUAGAAUACAGAGAGAAGAGAAUAUGAAAGGACAUUCAAUGGAAGAGUUGACUAAGUUGAUUUUUAGAUAUUAUGGUCAUAAAUGCAAUAUCAUUUGACAGAAAGCCAUUCAUUAAAAACAUAAAUCUGAAUUUGAAUUUGUUUGUGAAUCGUGAAUUUGUUUUUAUAUGCAGCACAUGUAGAUUUGGAAUUUUAUCAAUAAUCAUUGCUUUGUGCCUAAUGCCUAGUUUACUUUACAAACCCUGGCCUUUCAAACCACAUACAGUAGAGGUCAUUAUGAAUAGGAGAAUUAAGAUUCAAUGUUAGUUGUGGACUGUGGAACCUUCAGACCUUUACUGAUGCUACCUCCAUAACAGUUAGCCAUUAAUCAGUACCAGGAGGACUUCAAAUAUCUGACCAGGGGGCUGUUUCACAAAGAUUUAAGUAUGACUUAGGAUGCACUUAAAUGUCGACGCGUACAUGAUAUGCAACACACAAUCUUAUUGAUCAAUAUGCAGUAGUGCGCGUCCUCUUGGCAUGAUCUGACCAAUGCUGUCAUGCCUUUUAUACUGCGUGCAACUAGACAUUUUAGUGUGACUCUAAGUCAAAUCUUUGUGAAACACCCCCCAGGGCCCAUUGCAGAACGAAUUGAGUGCAGAUCCCUAAAACAUGCACUUCACAAGUUGCUGAUCAAAUUCUGUUUGAUUGCAACUCUGUCUACAAGGGACUUCAAUCCUAUUGGCUCAUUGUCAUUAUCAUCAAUCCAAAGUUUUAAAUACAGUUUGUCCCCAUGAACGGGGUGGCGAGAUUGACCUCACACUCGCAGCAUUCCCCCUUACCUGCUCUCUCCACUUUGCCCAAUACAGUGCAUCCUCGACCCAAACCUCCUCCACUUGCCUCUUCUUCUCUGACCGUCCUCUCCUCCUCGACCCACCCAACUCGAACUCAAAAGCCCUUCUUAAAACAUGCCUGUCAUCCCUCCUCAGCUAGGCCCAUACCAAUGUACCCCAUUCACCCUCAUCGACUGGUCCACUGCUUCUUCCCAACGUCUGCAUCAAGUCCUCAGUCUUCUUCCUAUCCAUCAACUUCACACCACAUAUCACUCUCACCAUUGCUCCCCCUGUCCUCAAAACUAUCCAUCUCAUGUUCAUUAUACACUGUGCAAACAUUUACUGUUAUAUGACACCUUGAUAGAUCCUUGUCAUUUGAUUGGUUGUUUGAUGUCGAUUAUUCAGCCCAUUUUACAAUGACGUCAUCAACCGUGCAAUUUUGGAUCCAUACGAUUUUGUCCAUUGCACGCGCGCAUAUUGUAAGUACGCGACAAUUACAGACCGAGCAUAUUUUGCAUCAAAAUUCAUAAAUUUCAUAUGAAAAAGAAUCUAUUUGUAGGUGUCAUAUAAACCAAAUAAUGAAUGUUAUCAUUCGUGCAAUGGACAGAAUAAAUCAUUCGGUGAAAGAUGAAAUGAAUGAUCCAUUUAACUCGGCUACGCCUCGUUGAAUGGAUCAUUUCAUCUUUCACCUCAUGAAGUAUUCUGUCCAUUGCACUCAUUAACAUUCAUUAUUUGUAUACUAUAUCACAGAUGGGAGUUGUCAUGUUAGUACCAGUUACUCUCCACUCAUUAGUAUUGUGAACGGCUGGUGUCGAGUAGAUUUGGAGUGGCUAAUUAUGAUCUUUUAGCCAGCCAAAAUGUUGAGAUGGAUGUGAAAGGGGUCAUAUCAGAUAGCCAGACUUCCACGUAAAAGUCCAUUUCAGUAGGUAAUAAUGAUAAAUAACUGAUUAUUUAUCUUUGUGCAUUAUAUAAGUGAGCUAUUUUAUAUUAUCAAAUGUGAAAAGAUUCUUUGUCAUAUCAAAAUAGAAAUACAAUGCUUGGCACAUUGGCUAAGCCUUUUUCAACACUUCAAGGUGUCAUUUUGGGUGUGUGUUGUACAGUCCACAGUGAACCCACUCGAUGGAAUGUUGUUUGCCUAAAUGAUAGUGAAAAUAUAAGAAAUUUAAAUAUAGUUUGUAAAUUUCACAAGAUUUUUUUUAUUGGUGUGAAGUUAAUCAUAAUUAUUUGAGUCUAAAAAUAAUGAAUUUGAAGAAAAAUAUACAGAAGAUUUUUUUGCAUUCUUGAUAACAUAAUACAUUCCUUUUUUUCUAACUUCAUUAUAUUUGCAUAAGCUCUAUAUGUUAAGGAGCUUUGUUAGUCAUUUUAUUGAAAGAUUAUUUGUUCCUAGUGAAGUUUUAUUUCUUGACUUGUUCACAUAUUUGACAGCCUCUAGUUACCUCAAUUCUUUUCAAUAUAAUGUAUACAAUAUAUUGAUAUUGUAAUUCAAUUGUAUGUCAACAUGAAAAAAAAAUGGAAAUCAAAAUUCAUUUUUUGUUGUUGUUCGAAAUGCAAUAUGAAAAUAGAAAUACUCCAAAAAUUUGUUUUGCCCAAUUGAUCGUGGGCCCGGCAGCCACCGUGCAGUGCCAGAUCGACAUAGCUCCAUCCCUUUAACUGUUGAACGCGUAACAGGGUAGCAGGAGCUCAUAUCUUUAACAUCUUUUGGUCUGACUUGACCAGGGCUUGAACUCCUGACCUACCAGUUGUGAGAUGGACACUCUACCAACCGAGCCAGCACACCGGUACAACAUGGGUCUCUUCUUUGAUGAAAUUUAGUUGUAUACUGGGCAAUUCCAUAAAAUAUGUACGUCUGACCCCCUAUAUGUGGGACCUUCAUGAAAUUUUCUGUCCCUGAUUUCUGGUUCUUUUGAUAGUCUGUAAUGCUCUCAAAUGACCAUGACUUGGUCAGUUAAUGAAGUGAAGUAACACUUGAGAAAAAUGGGGGUCGGAUGUACAAAAACGUUGAUCAUUUUAUGGAAUUGCCCUACUGUGAAUUUUCGUAAAUUGUUUUGUACCCUGCUAUGAAUGUCUGGAAAAAACAGAAGGGGAAGUUUUAUUUUACUUCUAUGAAUGUAUACUAUGUAAAUAUGCAAGCCUUUAAUAUUUAUUUGCACUAGUAUAGUAAUUUUCUUAGACAAUUUCUUGAAUGUCUUUCAAAAAAUAUAUAUAUAUGAAUUGCAUAUGGAGGACGUGUUUAUGUAUUUAUUUUUCAGUUGAUUGAUUUUUAACACUAGUGAAAUAGUGCCCUUCUAUUAUAUUAUGUCAACUUGUGAUGAACAAUCCUCACAAAGUGGCCUUUAUAUUCUUUAUUUUUAAGUCUCCAGAUCCACCCCUUAUUACUGAUCAUAGAACAAUUUUUUGUGUGCAAUCUCUGAUGUAGUACCUGAAGCCUGUAUCACAAAGCUUAGCAAUGAUCGUAGAACAUUUUUCUACGAUUGAUUCCAUCAACUACAAUGUACAAUCAAUCGUGAAAAUUUAGUGUACGAUUAAUUGCUAACCUUUGUGUUACGGGACCCUGGACAUAUAUAAAAAAAUAAGAUAAAUAGAGACCAGGGCCUAUAGAUAUAUCAGAAUAUACCGAGGCAUCGAAAACAGUAAUACUUUAAACAUGUACUUUCAACACUGUCCUAAUCAACUUGAACAACCAAGAAAAAUAAAACAGGGAGACAGACUUUGCUCUCA